UUAUCUCCGCCUACCGGAACACUUACAUAAACAACCCCAUUGACGUGAAGGCUGCAAAAGGUGCACAGAAGACAACUAAAGCCUGUUUUCCUGUAAAUAUGAAUACAAUAGUCGGCGCUUUACGGAGGACGUUCGGCGUGGUACGCGAGCACGUCGGGACGGACCACAUGGGGAAUAAAUAUUACAUAGUCCCCGAACAGAAGACAUGGACAGGGAGACUCGUCCGUCCCAAGAGGAUGGUGGAGGCCUCGAAUCCCACAGAGUACAAAUCUAUGGAAGGCAGCAUACCCAUCGAGUGGGACGCUUGGAUUCGAGGUAGACGGAAGGAGCCUCCCUCCGUUGAGGAGCUGGCGAAGAACGAGGCCUACAGGGAGCAGAUCAAGCUGAAGGCCAGGGAUGUGGAGGAGAAAGACUUGGCCCUGAAAGCGAAGGAAAACAAGGAAGGCCUGGUGGCGACGCCGUCCAGCACUCUGGCCGCUGGCCAUGCGGCCGCCACCAGCUUUGGCAAGCGGGAGUUUAGCGAGGAGCCCACCAGCACUGCCAACACCUUCCAGCCGGGCUCCUGGCGCCCCAAUUCCAAAUAGGAAGCCUAAAGAGACGGCGGCAUGGACUGAGACUACUUGGCCAUAUAAUGCGGUCCAAUAGAAUGGCUGAUGGUUUUCAUACAGCUGUUGUGUUGGAUCUGUUUGAUUAUGCUGCUAAUGAAGUGGCAGGUUAGUCUAUUUAACGUGUAUGACAAUGCCAAGAGGAGUUUAAUCUUACCUUGUCACAAAAAUCUCAAUACAUAAAUUGGUACGGGAUAUUAUUCACACACUGACUUCAAAGCAUUAACGGUCCAUUUAAACUGAAACAGCAGCACCAAAAUGGAAAUAAUCUCUCUGAUUCAUUGAAGUGUGGAUUAUUACUACAUCUUGUAAAUGAGUUCCCAGCACAGUAUUAAAGAGUACAGUAUCUAUUUCUUAAGGCCACUUCUCCUUCAGUAAAUGUGACCAAAGGUCACUCAAGGGGGAAUGUGGAUGGAAGCCACAGUACCCAGAGAAAACCAGCAGAAGAACGGGGAGAACUUCACACAGGAAGCAUGUUAAAGCACAGACCUUGAAACGAGCUGGAACAUUUCUAAUUGGAAUCAGUAGUUUUACAGCUUUACAGAUACCCUCCUCCUGCAGAACAUAACUUGCAAACUCCGUAGGAGGGCCAGAGCCAAGAUUCAAACCCAGAUCUCUAUUCCAACAUGUUUCAUAGUAUCUAAGUCUAUUUGAUAAAAAUGUUAAUAUACUGCGAAUAUUGGCUAGUAAGGCCUC